CUUCUUUCUCGUCUUUGGAUAAGCUCCGUCUCUUCCUCCUUCUCUCUGUCCAUACACGGUCUCCUGGGUUCUCGGGAUUAAGAGAUCAGCUGCGUCGUUUGGUGCGAUUCCGUCCUUGCCUCUGCGACUCGAUCUCCUUUCAACUUUCAGUUUCCCGAACCUGUAAUACUUCCCCGCAAUGGAGUCCGAGGCAUUCGAGGACAUGCAGAAGGGGGGCGGAACCCUUCGCACCCUCAAGGAUUUGGGUGCUGGUGCUGCUGGUGGAAUUGCUCAGGUGCUUCUUGGACAACCUUUCGACAUUGUCAAGGUCCGCCUGCAAACCACCACUCAGUACUCUAGUGCUCUGGACUGCGCCACCAAGAUCCUGAAGAAUGAGGGCCCCUUCGCCUUCUACAAGGGUACCCUGACUCCGUUGAUCGGAAUCGGUGCCUGCGUCAGCGUUCAAUUCGGUGCUUUCCACGAAGCCCGCAGACGUCUUGAGAAGCUCAACAAGAAGAAGUAUGCCGACAGCACUCUCUCCUACACCCAGUACUACAUGGCCGGUAGUUUUGCCGGUCUCACCAACUCUUUCCUGUCUGGCCCCAUCGAGCACGUCCGUAUCCGUCUGCAAACCCAGCCCCACGGAGCUGACCGUCUGUACAACGGUCCCAUCGACUGUAUCCGCAAGCUCUGCAACCAGGGCGGUGUCCUCAAGGGUCUCUUCCGCGGCCAGAACGUCACCUACUUCCGUGAAGCCCAGGCCUACGGAACCUGGUUCCUGGCUUUUGAGUACCUCAUGAACCAGGACGCCAAGCGCAACAACGUCAAGCGCGAGGACAUCUCCAGCUUGAAGGUCGCUACCUACGGUGGUCUGGCCGGUGAGGCGCUCUGGCUGUCCAGCUACCCCUUUGACGUGGUCAAGAGUAAGAUGCAGUGCGACGGCUUCGGCGCCCAGCAGCAGUUCAAGAGCAUGACCGACUGCUUCAAGAAGACGUAUGCUGUUGAGGGUCUGGCCGGCUUCUGGAAGGGUAUUGGUCCUACCCUGCUUAGGGCUAUGCCAGUGUCGGCGGGUACUUUUGCUGUUGUCGAGCUCACCAUGAGAGCCCUGGGCUAAACUACUUCGCCAUCGACUUAGCACAGAACCUAAAUAAAAUAAUACCCAACACGUCGUCAAUGUGUGUCCAAGUUCGGUGGUCUUUAGGGUUUCGAUAUCCCCGUUUUAGUUUUCUUUCAUUCAACAGGCACUGGAGGAAAAGUUCCGCUUAGACGUCAUCCUUUUCAAAACAAUGUUAAAUUGCAUGGUUUAUAGAAAGUUCUUCCUUCUGGCAAGCAUUCAGGAUUUCAACACUUGGCCAGCUCAAUAUGAUAUGAUAUGAUGAUUCCUUUUUUCACCAUCUACCAAAUCUGCGCAGACUUCCACAUUAUCCAAUCUCACAACAACCAAACUACCACAAAUAUUCGAAUUAGACCGCCAACGAAAAAUCCCCAAAGAAAUCCUGCCACGCAGUCGGAAAAUAAAACAGAUCCAAGCCCGGAAAAUCCCACUCCCUAACAAACUGCUCCGGCACAAAACUCUGCAGAUCGGCCUGCGCAUCAAAUAAUUCCCAAAAUGGCGUCAUCGCAUUAGUGCCCGGUUGAUUAGUAUCUCCUCCCACAUUUCCGCCGCCUACUCCUGUUUCCCCAAUCGGGACAUCAUUCACCUCCCUUUCCUGCAACACACGACUAUAUUUUUCAAUACUCAAUCGUAAUAUCUGCAUGUAGAUAUUAUUGUUAUUUCCUAUCCCUGUUGUUGUUGUUGUCGUCGCUGCUGCUGC